GAACAGCUGGGUUGACAGUCACUGAAGUGGAACCCAGAGUACAGGGUGGGUCUGCGUCCCCCAUCCGCCACUGGGGAAGUGGCACCAGCAGGGCAGUGAAUGGGAACACUGCCUGAGUCACUGUGAGAAUAGAAGGAUUGUACCCAGAAGGGGGAACGUUGAGUGACCUGGCUGGAGGACCGAGUCACUAAGAGGAUGCUGUGGUUCCUGGAUGAGAGAGGAACUGCAGACCCGAGAGAGAGAUGCAGCAUGCAACAAUAGGAAGGGGUGUUGACCUCAAGAGCUAAUCUCCAGCAUGACCAGGAGAAGGUGCCAGACAAGUGAGACAGAGAAAGAAGACAACAGAGACAAGGCAAUGGCUACCUGCCAGAGACCAUAUCUCCCCUAAAUCAGGAGAAAGGGGACCAGAAGUCUUUAGUGAAAAUGUUUUUCUAUAUCCUCAUCUUUCUGGCCAUCCUCUAUUUGUGGUGGAGAUGGGGGGCACAAGAUGGGCAGAAGAUUAGAGAUCUCACAGACAAAUAUAUAUUCAUCACUGGAUGUGACUCGGGAUUUGGAAAUCUGGCAGCAAGGACUUUUGAUAAGAAAGGAUUUCGAGUUCUUGCCAGUUGUCUGACUGAAGCCGGAGCAGCGAAGCUAAAAGCAGCAACCUCAAAGCAGCUCCAGACAGUGCUGCUGGAUGUGACGGAUCCAGACAACGUUAGGAAGGUGGCUGAGUGGAUUAAAGCUGAAGUGGGGACAGCAGGUCUGUGGGGGCUGGUCAACAAUGCGGGGAUUAUGGGACCAUCAGCACCGACAGACUGGUUGAACAUUGAGCACUUCAGAGCACCAAUUGAAAUUAAUUUAAUUGGCCUCAUAAAUGUUACAUUACAUUUGCUUCCCUUGGUAAAAAAGGCCAGAGGGAGACUAGUAAAUAUAUCCAGCACCGGAGGCCGCCUGGCAGUCUGCGGGGGUGGCUAUUUUCCUUCCAAGUUUGGGGUGGAAGCAUUUAAUGACAGUUUAAGACGGGACAUGAAAGCUUUCGGAGUUAAGGUUUCUUGCAUUGAACCUGGGCUGUUCAAAACUGGACUAUCCAAUCGAAAAAAGAUCAUCGAAGAAAGGGAGGUCAUUUGGAAUCAACUUCCUCCUGCCAUUAGAAAACAAUAUGGAGAGGGGUAUGUACAGAAAGAUGCAGCAAGGAAAGAAAAGCUGGUUCAGGUGCUUCAGAACACAAACCUCUCACUGGUUGUGCAAUGUAUGGAGCAUGCUCUCACAAGCAUUAAUCCUCACUCACGUUACACUGCAGGCUGGGAUGCUAAGCUUCUUUGGAUCCCCCUUUCAAGCAUGCCUGCAGCAAUACAGGACUUUGUACUCCUGAGAAACAAAGCAGAACUUGCGGACCCAAAUGCAGGGUGAAUUCUCCUCCUUUAUUUACACUUUCCCAUUCAAAUCGGGACGGCCCAACUGUCUGAGUCAACAAGAACCAGCCCUUUAUUUUAGCCCUGUGCCUGCUGAUCCAAACUGAGCCUGACACCUACUUUUUUAUAUUUCUAAUGGCUUUUAGAGUGCCUGUUUCUCAAAUCUGUGAUACAUAUUAUAGCCAUAUUUUUAAUCUUAUGUAUAAGUCAGGCCACAUUUAUCAAAGAAUCAGUAAAAAAAAAAUGGAAAGGUUGCAAAGAAGUGACCGAUCCUUCAUGUGUCAUCUAGCUUUAAGUGCAUAAAGCAUUAUGAAUUGGGCCAAAAAUCACCAACUACAAACCUUACAAUAUUUCGUGUAGGAUUUUUCUUUAUUCUGGAAAAUAUGAACUAGAGAGGUCAAAAUAACCAGUGAUUUGGGGGGCUCACCUUGUGAAACCUCAAAGAUUUCAGAUUUGCAGUCAGUACUGAGCACCCACACUCAGGGUAGGCACUUAGUAACUUUUGCACAAUGUAGGCCUCAGUCUUUCAAUUAAAUUAUUUCCAGGCAAAGAGAUGACAGCCUUGGUUUUGCUAAGUGCUGAGUGACUCCUGCAAGGGGGCUUUAACUUGUGUUAAUGUACAUGGGAAAUGAGGGUACAUAAGUACAUGACAGGAGGAGCUCAGCAUUUACUAUUACAAGUGGCUGCUUGGGCUCCUUUCGAAUUAGACAUGACCAGAGUGCUCCUCAAGUCAUAACUGUUUAGUGGUUUGCCCAGAAAGUGGUUUCCCACUGGGCAGAAAACUGGCCAAUGGCAAAGUCAAACGCUUUCUUUGGCCUGGUGGCUUUGUUGUGACAUGACUAGGUUAAACAUUAAGCCACCCUGUGCCUGUCUAAAUAUUGCCGGUUUUCAAUUUAACUUCUCUGGAGCUUGCAAGGUAUCACUCUGCUUUCUGACUGCAGCUUGUAUUUAGUCAUCAGUGUGUGAAGUUCAUUUAUAUUUUGCAUGAACAGAAUUGUAUGGUUGUUAUUUCCUAUUAGAACAAAUUUGAGGUUUGCUGUACAAAUGCCUAUGGAUUAGCUAUUCUUACUGCAGUGAGUAGUAGUGGGCCUGCUAUUGCAGAUUUCUUCUAAAAAUAUUUGUACUCAUAAAGGCAAAGGGACAGAGUGGUGGGAAAGCAAACUCUUUUUAUUUAAAUCAUAAGCCAGAUAGCUGCAAUGUGAGCAUCCACAUGUUGCCACCCCAAUAACCUUAGCCUAGGCCUGGAAAAGCUGCUGGGUUUUUAAGCUAGAGGUCAUUUGGUCCUUAUGUUAACUCUGCAGAACCAAGAGCACCAAAUUAUGCUUAUGUGCUGCUUGUCCUCAGAACUGAACUGAGACCUUUAGAUUCAUAUCACUUAGGAGACUUCAAUUCUAUCUCCAGAUGUUAAAGGAAAGUAUUUUAUACACUAAGGGCUGGUCUACACUGCCACUUAAGCCGAUAUAACUUAUGUCACUCAGGGAUGUGAAAAAGCCUCCCCCUUUGAGUGACGCAAGUUACCAUGACCUAAGCGCCGUCCACAUCGACGCUAUGUUGGCAAGAUACACUCUCCCACCAACAUAGCUUCCACCUCUUGCAAAGGUGGAGUAAUUAUGCCAAUGGAAGAGAGCUCU